CGUUCUUUUAUAAGUUUUAUUCCUCACGAUUCAUGGCAAAAAACGUCAGUUUGGAUUUCUUUCUUUAGUUCAAACUCUUUGUCCUUUGUCCGAACCGUUCUUAUACUGUCGUCGGGUGAAGUUCUUCGUCUUCUCGAACUCAGGUUUUGAUUUUUCUCUGCACUGGGCAGUACAACAGCUAUCAAUGUCCGAAACAGACGCACCGGACAAAGCGAAGCGAUUUGAUUUUUCGCAUCUGGCAUUCCAUGCACCGAAACCAUCCAUCCCAGUUAGCGCCGAUCAUGAAGAGAUCGAAGAUGAGAAGCCAAAGAAACGCAGAAAAACUGCCGCCGGUUCAGAAUCUCACUCUCCAUCCAAGCUGGCUCAGACCAUGAGCACGCUGAAGGACAUUCGAUUAUCCGAUUUUCUCCGUUACGAACUGGACAUCAUCAUUGUCGGCUUCAAUCCAGGCAGAAACUCCGCCAGCCAUGGACAUCACUACGCCGGCCCGGGAAAUCAUUUCUGGAAGUGUCUGCAUUUGUCCGGACUGGUUCCGGAACCCUUGACAUUUCACGACGAUGCGCGCAUCACCGAGUUCGGAAUUGGCCUGACGAAUAUCGUCUCACGCCCGUCCAGUAGCAGUUCCGAGUUGUCCAAAGCCGAACUGCGCGAGGGCGCCGCCGAAGUGCGCAGGAAGAUGGUUGAGUAUGAGCCGAAGAUUGUGGUGUUCAAUGGAGUGGGGAUCUACGAAGCGUUCUCGGGUACGAAGACAUUCCGUUUGGGUAGACAGGAGCAGGUGUUGAAGGGACGAACAGGCAGUGAUAUUCUCCUGUAUGUAAUGCCAUCGUCCAGUCCGAGAGGAUCCAAAUGGCCGCGAUUAGAAGACAAAUUGAAGUUUUAUCAAGGAGUUGUGCAUUUACGAGAAUUUAUCCAAGGAAAGGUGGAGAAAUUGGAGAUGGAUAAAGUGGUGUUUGAUUAGAAGCAAUUCUUGACUAAAUUUCUAUCUGCUCGGCUGCUUCGUUUCGGAUGUGCUCCUUUAUACGUAUUCGAAAUCAAUCGAUUCGACUGCAUGUUAAUCCUAAACAGAUGUUUGGCAUCUUUACAGUUUCGCUGUUCGUCUGUUCGUAAUGUUAUAAUCUCAGGAACGGAACAUCAGAUGAUCAUAUCACUACUGCAUAAAGAAUACGUCCGAUUGUUUUGUACAGUUUUGGUAAGAUUUGUUG